ACUUUACGAAAGAGGCAAGUAUAAUCUUCACCCUCCCCACCCCUAAAAGAUUUUGAUUUUUGUUAUGUAAUUCGAAACCAGGCGGGCUUAGCGAUAAUGUGCUGUGAUUGGUCCGCUAAAAAUAACUAUCAUCUCCCGAAAUCAGUAACUUAGAAACGGUCUAAUAAACUGCGUCGUUGUAGUUUGAAAAGGUAUAAAGAAAACAUGGAAUACCACGAUAAAUUAUGAGAUUUUAAAAGAGAUUUUUAUAUAUGGUAUGAGACAGUUCGUAUAUAAGAUUUAGUGUUUUGAAUAAACAGUAUAGUUGAUCAAAUAUGUUUGUAAAUAGCAUAUUAGCCUUGUGGAUUCUGUUGUCGACUUAUGGGAUUUUAUUAUUUCCAGAGUCGAGCGCGCUCACAUGUGAUAUCUCUUCCUGUCUCAAUAAUGGUACAUGUAUCAAUAGUGGCAGAGGUCUAGCAUGUGUCUGUCCUCCUGGGUUUACUGGUAGUAAAUGUGAAACAGACAUCGACGAGUGUGAGAGUAACCCUUGUUACUUUAAUGGCACUUGUGUUGACGGCAUUGAUGGAUAUGUUUGCAAGUGUCAUGAUGGAUUUAUUGGUAAGAACUGUGAGGCUGUAGUGAACAAAUGUCUGUAUAAUUACUGCCAAAACCAAGCUACUUGUAUUCACCAUCAAACUGGUGACUAUCAAUGUAUGUGCCCUGCUGGAUUCAUGGGAGUUCAUUGUGAAGUCAACAUAAAUGAGUGCAAUCUGACGUCAACUCCUUGUGGUGCCGGUGGCACCUGUAUUGAUGGUAUUAAUGGAUAYGUAUGUCAGUGCUCAGCAGGUUAUACUGGUGCGCUGUGUAAUGUAACUAUAAAUGACUGUCUGUCCAAGCCCUGUAGUAAUGCUGGAACAUGUAUUGACGGAGUAAAAGGCUACCAUUGUCAAUGUUUGCCCGGAUUUACUGGCCAUACCUGUGACACUAAUGUUGAUGACUGCAAGAACAGGCCUUGCAGRUCCUWCCAGCAAYGYAUUGAUGGCAUAAACACCUAUCAGUGUGCAUGCGMAGUUGGUUAUACUGGGAGUAUAUGUGAAGUGCAAAUAGAUGAAUGUGCAAGUCAGCCAUGCUUAAACAAUGGUACUUGUAAUGAUGGAAUAGGUAAUUUCUCGUGUACCUGUCCCRCGGGAUUCGAGGGGCAUCGCUGCGAGAACGAGACCAAUGAGUGUCAAUCUGACCCUUGUUUCAAUGGAGGCACGUGUCAUGAUCGCCUUAAUCACUACCAGUGUGAKUGUCCACCUGGUUUCCUUGGUAACCAGUGUGAAGCCAACGUGAUUGAGUGUCUAUCAAAUCCGUGUGUGAACAACGGAACGUGUGUAGAACAUGUUGGACGUGUUGGAUACUCUUGUAAAUGCUUAAAGGGAUUCGCUGGUCAGCAUUGCCAGUUCAACAGCUCUAUAUGUCAUUCAACCAUCUGCAAGAACAAUGGCACAUGCCAAAUAUUCAAUUCAAAGCGAAGAUGCUUAUGUAAGCCGGGAUGGACUGGAGAUGAGUGUACCGUGGACGUCGACGAGUGCCAAGCCUCGCCUUGCAAACGAGGCACCUGUCAUAAUACACCAGGUAGCUUCCACUGCACAUGCCCAGCAGGAUAUACCGGUGUUCAUUGCGACGUAGACCUUGAUGAAUGUUCCAGCAUGCCUUGCGCAAAUGGCGGCACUUGCACCAACCAGAUAAAUGGAUUCUCCUGCACAUGCGCACCAGGAUACAMGGGCGUACAGUGCAGGAGCCUGGUAACUGACUGCUCUACCAAGCCCUGUCAAAAUGGCGGCGUCUGUUCCACCUCAGGUAACAAKUUCACAUGCACCUGUCAAGCCGGUUUCACAGGUUUGACYUGCGGCSUKGAUAUUGAUGAGUGUUCUUCUAACCCAUGUAAAAAUGGCGGGACCUGYGUGGAUAAAGUCAACAGCUAUCAAUGUCAGUGCGCAGAUGGAUAUAUGGGUCAGUUAUGUGACUCACUGCACGUGAUCAGUUUUAGACAAGGAUCGUAUAUACCAAUUUGGAUCCAGGCUCUCACUSCUCCGGCCCACGUGACUUUUAAAUUCAGAACCAGUGUCCCCGACGGUCUCCUGCUCUAUCAAGGAGGGGAUACGACCAAAGAACAUCCCCACCACUUGGCAGUAGAGCUGUACAAUGGCGCAAUCCGUGUUUCAUUCAACAUGGGUGCAGACACGGCUGUAAUCUCCGUGGGCGCUAACCUCAACGACAGCGCGUUUCACAGGCUUUCRGUAGAGGUCGACUUAACCAGAGCCAUAGUCAGCGUGGAAUCAAGCUCGUGUUCCGGGGGGAGCUGUCAAGCUACUGCAACAUUAAAGCGUACAGGGACGUCUUUGUUCAGUGGUUUACCAAUGAUGGGUGGCUUUAAGGAGAUGACCCCCCUGAUAAGAACUCAUAUUGUCGGGAAGGAUUAUUUUAUUGGUUGUAUCGAGGACUUCCAGAUCAACAGAUUAACAGACAUGAUAUCACAUUUCCUGCCUUAUUCCAAUAAYAUACAAGCGGGAUGCGCCAGAACAGACGUCUGCCAGAACAACCGAUGUAAACAYGGAGCAUGCGUGGAUCAAUGGUGGAAUUACCGCUGUGAGUGUAAGACAGGGUACGACGGCUCACUGUGUGACAAGCAAGCUGUCGCUACCUUCAGCUCUGAUGACAACAACGGGCUUGUGUUCCAGGCCUCUUCCGUUAUUACGUCAUUGUCGUUUGAGUUUACAGCUGCUAAUGAUGGAGUUCUCAUCUUUACCGAGAAAGAAUCGACACCAGGCUCCUUCGGUCUGUCCUUGAGCAGAGGUCAACUGAUUGCAGGGUAUUACGUUGAUUACUUCACCCAAACCUCCAAGAGGCUCGGACAAAACCUUGGCGACGGAGCCUGGCACCAAGUCCAAGUCAACGUYACUUCCGGCCACAUGACCAUCAGCGUUGAUYCUUYCAAAACAACCCUYCAGCUCGUCAAUAUAGCAAUACCUCAUUUUGCAGAYAAGCUUUACAUGGGGAAUCUCCUUAACAGCUUGGCGGACUUGGGUCUCGUGCUCGAUGGAUCGAAAACGUACAGCGGUUGCACAAGAAAGGUUAGAAUUAAUGACGUACCGAAGACCUUUGAGCUUGCUAAGAGUUCUGGGUAUUCGUUGCCAAGUGCUGGUUGCAAGAAGGAGARCAACUGUCAUGGCGGUAUGUGUGAUAAUGGCGGUACCUGUCUGGCUACCUGGACUGGGUUUGAAUGUAGGUGUUUGGCAGACUUCGCUGGGAAAACCUGCCAGAACAGUACGUCCAUAACUUAUCUAUCAAGCAGUAGUUACAGUGAAGUCAUUCUUAAUACUACUCAAUGGAUCUUCGGCCAAGAAGGAUCAUUUUGGUUCCAAACCAUUCAGGUCGGMGGUCUCCUUAUGUACGCUGGAUGGCGACCGGGAGGGACCAAUACCGACUUCCUCAUGAUUGACAUAUUGUCAGGUCGACUGAGAUUUACCGCUGACCUAGGCUCAGGUACUUCCUCUAUYGUUCUCGAUAAGCCAAUCAGUGAUGGUGACUGGCACGAGGUCACGUGGUCAAGGCGUUAUAAGCACGUGCGUGUAGUUAUAGAUGAAACACAUGCUAAAGAKAUGGACAUCCAGGGCAGCCAGACUGUACUGGACAUUACUGAUGGAAAAAACAUCUAUGUACAUUUGGGCGGAUUCCCAUAUCCAAAGACUAAAGGUAUGUCGACCACAAAAUCAUUUCAAGGUUGCCUAAAGGGAGUUAAAUUUCAAGGUCGCUUUGUUCAUCUUUUAUCGCCAUCAUCUCAAGAAGGUCUCGCAGUGACGCACACCCAAAUACAAACCGGUUGUCAUAGAAAUUCCUCGUGUGCUUCCAAUCCUUGUCCUGCCAACAGCGCAUGCGUCGACCUUGGUAAUACUUUUAAUUGUACAUGUCUUCCACGAUGGACUGGAGCCAACUGYAGCAUUCGUAUUCCCGACUGCACAGUAAGCAACUGUAGCAAUGGAGCGACAUGUGUUAAUGUUAGUACGGGAUUUGACUGUGUUUGCGCGCAAGGUUUCACGGGAAAAUACUGUAGUUCUUCCAUAGACCCUUGCGCGCAUGAUCCCUGUAAAAACGGGGCAACGUGUCUGAAGGUGUCGGGUUCACAGUACAAAUGCUCUUGUGUCAAGGACUAUAUGGGACAACACUGUGAGCUGAAAAUGGAUAAUUGCACAAGUUCUCCGUGUCAAAAUGGAGCCACGUGCAUCGACGAGGCUGAAGACUACAACUGCACAUGCGCGGCCGGUUAUGAGGGAAAGAACUGUGAGGUUUUCAAUCCAUGUUACAGACACAGAUGUCAAAAUGAAUCGACGUGCGUCAGAGGGGACGGAAACUAUACCUGUGAAUGUCGACCGAAGUUCGGUGGUCGGUACUGCGAUCGGUGUAUACCUGGGUUUACCGGAAGUAAUUGUUCUGAGCCGAUCAAUAAGUGUGAUGCCAACCCGUGUGAAAACAAUGGGACCUGCUUCCAUGAUCCUUUGCGGCCGUUGUCUAAUUACUCAUGCGCAUGCGCAAUUGGCUUCACUGGUUCAGAUUGUGAAGUUGAUGUGGACGAGUGUUCGGGAAAUCCUUGUCGAAAUGGUGCAACAUGUAGAAACCUCCAUGGCGGAUAUGCGUGCCACUGCAGUAAUGGAUUCACGGGUAAUUCGUGCGAAGUAGACAUCGACGAUUGUACAGCCAAACCAUGUAACAACGGCACGUGUGUAGAUAAAGUCGCAGGAUACACUUGUUCUUGUUUUAGUGGCUUWACUGGGCGUCAUUGUGACGUUAAUAUCGAUGACUGCAAAAGCUCACCCUGUCAAAACUCGGGCACCUGUCGGGAUUCGAUCGGAAACUAUUCGUGUGGCUGCGUUYAUGGGUUUACUGGACGAAACUGUGAGAUCAACGUCGAUGAGUGCUCGGAAARUCCUUGCRCUAAUGGCGGUACGUGUAAUGAUCUCGUAGGGAAUUAUUCUUGCUCGUGCGCRAAUGGAUUUGAAGGUGAAAACUGCACUGAUGUUAUUGAUAACUGCAAGCCUGAUCCUUGUAUUAAUGGAAUCUGUUUGAAUUCUCCUGGAAAUUACAGCUGUCWUUGUAAAGAUGGGUUUGUUGGUCGUAACUGCAGCGUAGAGGUUGACGCAUGCCAGUUGAACCCUUGUGUGAAUGGAGCUUCUUGCACUAGUACAGCUGGGAAAUAUAASUGUUCUUGUGUUCUUGGUUUUACCGGGGCCAACUGCUCUGUUGAUAUUGACGAUUGCACUCACAAUGCUUGUCAGAAUGGAGCCACUUGUGUUGACAAAGUUGCAGACUACCUUUGCAACUGUACUGAAGGAUUUUCUGGCAAAAACUGUUCUGUAAAUAUCGAUGACUGYAGCCCSAAUCCGUGUCASAACGGUGGUACUUGUAUAGAUGGUAUUGCAGACUACACCUGUCGAUGUCCUACUGGAUUUACUGGUAAAACCUGUUCUGUAAACAUCGAUGACUGCAKCCCCAAUCCUUGUCAGAACGGUGGUACUUGUACAGACGAUAUUGCAGACUACACCUGUCGAUGUCCUACCGGAUCCUGUCAGAACGGAGGGAGCUGCAAGGACUUGUUGGGUAAUUAUUCCUGCACCUGUUUAACAGGUUUUACUGGAUUGAACUGUGACGUCAACAUCAACGACUGUUAUCCCAACCCAUGUCUUAAUGCUGGUAAUUGCACUGAUCUGAUAGCAAAUUUUUUCUGCACUUGUGCAAAAGGAUUUCAAGGCCAGCGUUGUGAGGAAGAUAUCAAUGAAUGUUACAACAAGCCUUGUGCGCAUGGCACGUGCAACAACACCGUGGGCUCAUUWGUAUGCAAUUGUGGUAACACAGGAUAUCAAGGUCCAUUUUGCGAAUUGGAUAUAAACGAAUGCUUAUUUUCUCCUUGUAAGAACGAUGGAACGUGUCUGAACACACCAGGAUCAUUCUCGUGCCAGUGCGCUCGCGGUUACGAAGGCACACAUUGCGAAACUGACGUCGACGAAUGUUUAAGUAACCCAUGCCUGCAUAACGGCCGUUGCAUUAAUCUAAAACAAGGUUUCGUAUGCAUAUGCGAUGGGACUGGGUACGAGAACUACCGCUGCAGUGUCAACGUCGACGAAUGUUCAUCCGGGACACACAAAUGUCAGAACGGUGCCACGUGUAAAGACUCCAAAGGUAGCUACAGUUGUGUCUGCGAACUUGGGUUCAACGGUAGAUACUGUGAGAAUAAAACAAUACUUGGUGAGCCCACGGCAGGUGCUCGUCAGCAGCAGCAGAGUACAAUGGACGUCGAGGUUGGCUUAUCGAUAGCAUUUGUAUUAUUACUCUUGAUAAUCGCUUUAGUUUUCAYGUACUUUUAUUUUCGCAAACAAGCAGCUAAAAUGAGUGGAAAGUACUUCCCUUCUGAAGAAGAAAAUAAAGCUGGUUACGAAAUGACACAACUUGACUUGCAAAGACUUGAAAAGGAAGAAAAACUCGUCUAAAAA